UGCUGGCUUCCAUGGGGGAGCGGAGUUGGGCAGGCAAGCAAGCCGAUUUUGAAAAAGCACACCAGUCUCCUGACAUGAAGCACUUCGAGGAUAACAAGUAACCCCGAGCGGUUGUCGCUCCAAGUCGAGUGAGUCUCUAAUGGAUCCCAGGACCGCUUGGAUCCAGCCGGAGCAGAAGGGACCUGCCAAUUCGUUAUGGAUGCACAUUUGGGAAACGUCUCAGGGUUUUGCCACCGACAACCGCGUUCAGUACCAGCGCAACAUCGUAACGUUCAACGGGGAAUACCGUAAAAGUGUCGCAGUAGCAGCGGCGGCGGCUCCGCCGCCGCAACAACCGCCGCCGCCGCCGCCGCCGCACGGUGCCGUGUUCGGGAAAGUGUCGAAGCGAGACGGCGGUGGAGAGAGGGGGAGCGCCCGGAGGAAGGGCUCCUUGUCGCCGUCGUCCUCCUCGCUCGACUCGGAGGCCGAGAGCUCGUCUCCGUCCGGCUCCUCUCUCCAGAUAGACAAUUUAAACGUCUCGGAGGAGGCGAGCAGGUUUCUACACUACGGCGAACACGAGCUGGACGACAGCGACGUGAGGCGGCGGCAACAGCCGCCCCCUGCUCCUCUGCCUCCCGCUGCCGCUGCCGCUCCUCCGCCUGUGCCUCUCCGCGCUGCUCCCCAACAUUGUCGCAGCAGCACGCCACAAUCCGCCGGCCACACCCCCGCCAGGAUAAAGAACCAACACGGGAGCAAGCAGCACCAUUACCCCGCGUCGGCCCGCAGGAGGUACCUGCACCGAGCCAACUCGUUCCACGGCUGCGACUCCUCCUGCAGUCUGUGGAAGACCAGGCGCUACAGCCCCGGGGUCAACGGUCUCCAUGAAGAGAUAGUUGACUUUUUCAACUUCAUGUCACCGCGUCCAGAGGAGGAGGCCAUGAGAAGAAAUGUUGUGAACAGGAUCGAGAGCGUCAUAAAGGAACUGUGGCCCACGGCUCGGGUGGAGAUAUUUGGAAGCUUCAGCACAGGACUCUAUCUUCCAACCAGUGACAUUGACCUGGUGGUGUUUGGGAAGUGGGACCACCCCCCACUGCAGGAACUCGAGCAAGCACUGAAGAGACACAACGUGUCGGGCCCAUAUCCCAUUAAAGUCCUCGACAAAGCUUCUGUGCCCAUCAUCAAGCUCACGGACCAUGAAACAGAGGUCAAAAUUGACAUCAGCUUUAAUGUGGAGACUGCUGUCAAAGCAGCACAGUUCAUUAAGAGCUACCUAAAGAAAUACACUGUUCUGCCGCCUCUGAUCUUCGUUCUGAAGCAGUUCCUACUCCAGAGGGAUCUGAAUGAAGUUUUUACUGGAGGCAUCAGCUCGUACAGUCUUAUACUGAUGGCUAUCAGUUUCCUGCAGCUGCACCCACGCAUUGACACGCGGCGUGCUAACAUCAACCUGGGCAUUCUGCUGAUUGAGUUCUUCGAGCUGUACGGGCGUGACUUCAACUAUAUGAAGAUGGGCAUUCGUGUGAAUGGGGGGGCCUACCUAUCCAAAGAGGAGAUGCUCAAAGCGAUGGGGAAUGGGAACAGGCCAUCUAUGCUCUGCAUAGAGGAUCCAAUACAGCCAGGUAACGAUGUAGGCCGAAGCUCAUAUGGAGUCUUGCAAGUCAAACAAGUGUUUGACUUUGCCUACAUGGUGCUGAGUCACGGUGUGUCUCCGCUCGCUCGGGCAUACCCCAAUAAAGAGUAUGAAAGUACUUUAGGUCGUAUUAUCAAAAUUUGCCCAGAGGUUCUUGCCUACAGAGACUGGACUAUUAAGACGUGGGGAGCUAAGCAGUAUGCCAACCAGGAGAAUCAUGAUGUAGAGACGUGUGAGCAGGACCUCGCCAGACUGCUGGUUUCUGUGGAAGACCAGCGAGACACGGCCUCGCCCCUCAGCGCUGAUUCGUCCUCGCCCUCCCCGGUCUUCCUCAACAGCCCUCAUCACCAUUCUUCAUCCUCCUCCCCCAGCUCAAACUCCUCCUCCUCUGGGAGUGACAUUGAAUCUGAUCCUCCUCUAAGCACUAAUGGACUCCAUCUCCAGUCCCUGAACCUGGCCUCAGUCCAUUCUAUAAUGCAGAUGGCUGCACAUCCAGCAGGCUUUAUCCACACCGCACCGCAGUUCUACCAUGAGAAUCUGCCAUCAGUCAGCAUGGUGCACCGGCAUAUGGCACAAGCUGCAGUCUCCCCGCACUCCAACUCCACAAGUCCUCAACCCAGCCCCCUCCACCAACUCCAGCAACCCCGGAUGGGAGGGCAACACCAGCACACGUACGCCAUUCCGCCAGAGUCCCAGGGCUCAUUUGAGCCCCGCAAAUUUGGCUUCAAGCACAAUCAAAGCAGUAGCCUCCGCGGCCAAAGUCACUCCCAAGGUAGUUUCAGUCCCCAACGGCGGUUUGUUCCUCAGGGCCACAAUGCGGAACCAGGUUUGAGGAACCAGCAGCAGUACAACUGCAACACGUGGCGACGCAGAAAGAGGGAAAAUCUCCCAGCUCUGAAUCAGAGCAGAUGAAGGAUUGAAGCACUGAUAUGACCUACUGCUUUUAAAGCCCUUCUUCCUCUUGUCACUACAAACUGUCAGUUGCAUAGCCAAGACGGUUUUCCGGUAGCUUGCACUGGAAGUCAAUUCAGAUUGUCUUCAAUUGUUUCAAGUGACCAGUACUCAAUUUCUGCUUCUGUUCUGCCAGCACGAAGCAAAGACCCGACCCUGGCAGGUGAAGGACCGUUGUCUUGGGUCUUAACUGUACUUGAAGAGCCUCAAAACGUUUGGCCUUUGGAAACACUCCCUCCACACUGGAAGCACACCAGCACCAGAGUUGAGUUGACAACCCAGACUUGGUCCUCACCAGUGUCACUUCCAUGAAAGCAAAGUCAUGUGCCAUAGUCGCCAACGGGUUCAUCAAGCCUUACCCUCGGUCCCUCUCAGUUUUAACUCCCAUUGGGCCUUUUGGAUCGUUUUUUUUUUUUCCCCCUCUUCUCUUGACUAAUUUCUUACUCUGAAUGCAUCAUUCCUUUUGCAACGCUCUUACAGCUCGGACUUUCAGUCCUGUUCGACUGAAGCGACGCACUACCUUCCUUUCUAGCUAUGCAGCACAACGCUGACUCAAUGUUUUCGGUGUGAUGGCACAAAAACAGACCUUCUCAAGUGCUUAAACUGUGAUGACUUGUUUGAAUGUACCGAGUGGUGUUUGUGUGUUGGAACUGACGUUCGCUCGUGUUUGUCACUGAGGGAUUUUUAAUUAUUUUUUUUUUUCGUUCACAUUGGCACUUUAAUUUUGUUGCAUUCAUGUGCAGUAGUAGGUUGCUUUUUAUUUAAUUUAUUUCACAUUUUCGUUUUUCUUUUUAGCGUUUUGGUCCCCCUGACAUCCACUAUUUUUAUUUUAUCCUCCUCAAGUCCUCAUUGGCCUGUGCAAUAUCUGGAUUUUUAAGGGCCUUGAAUGAAUGUGUUCCGCUUUUCAGCUGAAGGGGGCGCUGUGGUAUAGCGACAUGAGAAAAAUGUGCCAAAAAAUCUUGACAUUUACAGUUUCAUCCACAUCACAUUACAAUCACUUUGAAUUUUGCCAAUAGUUUGUUGAAAUAACCCCCCCCCACACACACACACACACACACACACACACACACACACACACACACACACACAUGUAGUUCUCAUUUUAAGUCUGUCACUUUUUGUUUGUUUAAUUUUUGAGUCUUUCCUUGAAGAGGAUACGUUGGAAAGAUGAUUUUUUUUUUUACAAUUUGCUUCUUUUUGCCAUUUCAAAAAUGUCAAUAUUUGGUGCUACUUAUAACCAGCAAAGUGCUUUUUUUCUGCCUUUAUCUGCUUUAAUUCUGUAAAAGCAAAAGGUCCACUGCCUUCUUGGAAGACCAAAUUCUCCCAUACAGAGCCAGAACUUUAGUUCAAUGUACUGCUAGAUGUGCUUCAUAUCCAUUAACACGGCAUCAUACAUUGUAUGAGGCCAUCAAUUUAUUGUCUCCCUCUUCUACAUGUUCAAAGUUCAAACCUACAUAACUGAAAAGGAAUCCUUAUAAUGGCUCGGGUAUGGGAUGUGACUUAUUCAAUGUUGCAGGAAUUUGGUGGAGCCUUUGACAAAACAAAAUCGAGCCAAGUUGUUUUCAGCAUCCUGAGUACCAAACUGAUGCGAUGUACUGAAAAUAUGUUUGUGUUUUCAGUGCAGCUUUUCGUUAAGCUAUCCAAGAUAAUCAGCGAGCGGUUACGUCUUUGUACACCAAACCGAUCCCCAUCUUAUAUCUGUAAUUAAGGAUGUGUAAAUGACUGACCUAUAGAUGUAUUCUUUUUUUAAGUCUUAAGUUUUUCUAUUUUUUUAAAUAAACAUUUUAAACUC